AUGUCGAUAUCCGCGGUGAGAUUUAUUACAAAAAUAACCGAAAAAUGUACGAGUCGCACGCUUUUUGGCUGAAAAUCUUGAAGUGAUCUCUAAAAUCGCACUUGACAAAUUCUAAUCCAAGAGGAGACUCUUCUCGAAGUAAAUUGUCUCUUAUUUUGCAAGAAAAUACGCGAAAUUCCCCUCAAAAUCACGAAACCGUGCAAAACAGUGUCAGUCUCACGGUUUGGGCUGUAACAUAAAAUAGACUCAUCUAAAAGCUCAAAAAGACGAUUCUAAUCCUAGAGAAGAAGGUUCUCAGGAUAGGAGGACCGAAAAACCAAAGAACUGGCGGAUCGAAGAAAUAGAAGACCACCGGAGUGAGGAACCAGGGGAUCGGAGGUCCGAUGGGCCAGAAAGAGCAGAGCAACAGAAGACCGAAGGAGCGACUGUGAGUUACUAAUUUACAAAACGUUUUUCAAAGAUAUAAUUUCAGGAAAACGUGUGCGGAAUGACAAAAGAGUCUCACGAAGGAAUAGAAUUGAAGACAGUUUGGAAGGACGAAAAGCGGCAGGCGGGUGGAAAAGGAAAAGUGACAGCUCCGCUCAUUUCUGAUAGUCGACGUGUUUUCUGUUCCGAUGCUCUCAUUUGCAUUGUCGUCCUCAGAAAUCAGACGGAUUGCACCUCGAUUUCAUCGAACAUAUGUUUUUUGUCAGUUUCAGUCAGAGUGAUCGAGACACAUGCGAAUCAAUGCUUUUUUCAGGUUCUUCUCAUUGCUCCCGACCAACGUAGUGGUAACCGGCAAUACGAAAUGGACCCGAUAUCACCCAGACCAUCAGUAUCAAUUUUUCCACAAUGUUUCUCUAAGAUUCUUCACGCUGCUCAUUGCCGUCAUUUUUAUCAUUUCCAUCUUCAUGGAAUGA